UGUUCAAACAAAGAUCGAAUCAAUCGAAUGCGCAAACGAACCACAUUUUCCCCAAAAAAAUUUACCGUGCGUGGUCUUUAAAAGUUGACACAGUACAAUAAAUAAUAUUUAAUAGAUGGGCAUUAUCAUUAUCAAGUCCUUGUUUAAGGGUACCCAUCACAAGUAGCAAUGAGAAGGAUUCUAAUUUUGAAAGUUUCAGUGGGUGCUAUAUUCAAGUCGGUAUUGAAAAUGAUUGAAUAAAUGGCGAGCGGGUCACAGUUGACGAUUUCGAAUUGUACUGGACGAUGCGCCUUCACUGCUAUUGGAUUGGACUGAAAUGAACAUUCGUAAUGACGGAAGAUUUUGACCGUGUCAAUGUCAUCGUUUUCUAAAGCAUGAGCAGAUGAGCUAAUCAAUGGAGUCAGAUUCGGAUUCCGAAGAAGACUAUUUCACCCCUAAAGAAGUUCCAGCGAAGAAGAAAAUGAACCCCCAAUCAUUACCUGUCCAACUCACGUGGAAGGGGGUGCAAAUAUACUUUCCCAGCGUUGUACUGACGAAGGAUCUCAAAAUCAUUGCUGAUGAAGCUCUCAAGAAACGAAUUGCUAAAGAAUCGUCUUCAUCAUCCUCUCGACCAUCAAGUAUCAUCUCAACAGCCAGUGGAGAUGAUAAGCGUAAACCUCAGUCCACCAGCUCGUCCACCAUUGGUUCAACCAAAUCGUCGUCAUCAUCAAAAUUUAUGUGUGGAAUAUGUCGCAGCCCUUUUCGUUCAGAAUACGCUUUAAAUUGUCAUGCGAAUGCGCAUUCAAAUUCGGACGGUAUUCAAAGAAAGUACGGACCAUGCAAGUGUGGGGGUCGAUUUACUAAGAAAUCCCAAUUCGUUCAUCACACCAGGGUAUGUUUCGUCGCUAAAUCUGCUGCAAGUGCUGCGUCUCGAAUGGAAGUUGAUGACGUUGACGUUUCUCCAAUUCGAGUAAAAUUUGAAGCAUCAGAACUACUUAAUUCCUCAUUUGAAUUAGAGAACAGCACAUUACCACCGAUAGAACAGGAAUCUGAGUCUGAGCAGGUCGACUACGUCGUGACCCCGACUGGGAGUGAUAUUCAUCAUGAUAAUAGCAACGCCGAUGACUGGGAGGGUGACAACCAAAUUCCUGUCGUCACAUCUAUCAGCUCAAUUGCGUCUAAUGCCAUGAAAUGUGAAAGAUGCGGUAAUCAGUUUACUCUUAACAUCCAGUUCCAGCAUCACAAGCUUCAUUGUGCUAGAAUGUGUCAAGGUAGUGCAACUAGAAGAUUUGGAUGCAAAUAUUGUCCCUGGAAAUUUAAUAGUUUAAACGCACGGAACAGACAUCACAGGUCCCACGAAGGCGCAAGACCAUACCAGUGCUCCACCUGCUUGGAACGCUUCAUCCGAAAGGAUUAUAUGAUCCAUCAUCAGGCAACUUGUACAGUAAACGCACCCACGUUUCAUACUUCUCUUGAAUCAAAUGAUAAUAAUGUUAUUAAACCUGAGAAUUCAUCAAUUGAAAAGAAAACGGAAAUAACUGAACAAGUCACUGCUUCGCCAGGACCCGAAUUAGUCAGUCCUAGUUCUUCCGCAUUUAAUAUAAUCAAAAGUGGAUUAGAACAUCUUGAUAACUCGUCUCCUUCUCCUGGUACUUUCUCUGGUGUGCGUUGUGAACAAUGUUUGCGGACAUUUUCCGCCAUGCGAUACCUCAAACAACAUAUAUGUCGUCCUCAUAAAAAAUCCAAGAAUGUUUCCAACAAUAACGGUUCCAACAAUACCAGAUCUUUAAUUCCUAUGAACCUGAUAAUGAGCAGCAUAAAUGAUAUAGUUUGUCCCUUCUGUGGAGUAAAAUUCACCAAGUCGUCCGGCCGCUCAAAACACAUGCGAACCCAGCACAAGUGUGAAAAGUGUGGUCAAGACUUUCUGAAUCCCUCGGAUAAAAUGAUUCAUUCCCAAACAUGCCAUGAAAUUCCACCUCCACACGAGUCUGAUCUAUAUGCGAAAUACAAGUGCUUCAUUUGUCACGAGACAUUUUUCCCGACAGACUUAAGCCGCCAUGUUCUCAUCUGUCGAGGCGACGACGCUGAUAAGGAUGAUGCUUCUACAUCAAGUAAUAAUAAUGAAUCUUCAAACCGUCUUCAAAUUUCCGACAAAUUUAAAUGUGAUUUGUGUGGUGAAAUGUUUUCCGAUAACAUGGACCUAUCUCGUCAUUGCCUAAAUCAACAUGUUUUGAGUCAUUCCAAGCUGAAAAAUCAACCACCAACCAAGCCAAACGAAACUUUGACGCCACCAACUGUAUCUUCAUCACUACCACCCGUGUUCAAAUGCAAAUUCCCAACCUGCUCGGUCGGAAAUACCUUCAGAAUGUUCAGCCACGAAGAGGACCUCUGGUUUCAUGUGGAUAAAAAGCAUAAGAGUGUCGGAAAUAUUUGUUGUGGUCAAUGUGGAGAAGCUUUUGAGACAGAAGAGUUAGUUGUGAAUCAUGAAGAAAGGUUUCACAUCGCAGUGGGAGUGGCUGGAGCAGUUACUUCCUCCCCAAAGAAACGAAAUAAUCAAGACUUGGAAGAUUCAAAAGAAUCUGCACUUGCAAUUUUGUCGCUGGAUAUUGCUCGUGUGCUUGAUACCUCUGCUGAUGGUUCAACACCUUGUGUAGGACCGUCACGGGGGAUAGCGCAAUCUGUUACAAAACCCAUUCCGUCAUCAUCUGGACCUAAAACAAAAAUUAAGAGUCGGAUUCUUGUUCCUGUAUCUAUACCUCGCUUACACCUACCAGUCACUGUUAAAAAGGAAGUUGAAGCAUAUCAGAACUUAGACGAGGACAAUUCUCACUUUGAAGAGGACACGAUGCCAAACUACACCGACAACGAAAUUCCAGAAGGUUUCCUGUCACAUAUGCUUGUUCCCGAAAAAGUAGGGAAGGAGACUUUGAACCCGUACGUUUUCAUCAGUAGUGAAUGCAGAGCACUGGCGGAUUCAGCUCUAGAGAAAGCCAUGCAUGCAGAGAAUUUAAAUCUGCCUUCCGUGGGAGAAGAAACGGUGGCGUUUACGUGUCACGUUUGUAGCGCCGUCGGAGUGUCAAGAAUAUUCAGUACCCGUUCAAAUUACAGAGUACAUCUAUACUAUCAUCGGAAAACCGGUAGAACCAUACUCAAGACUCCGUCCUCAACAAUUCCCGAAGCGGACGAAUACUUUUGUAAAAUCUGCAACAACAGAAAAUUCACCACACGCUCAAAUUACCUCGGACACUUGAAAUAUCACCAACAGUUAAAAAGACGGAAGGGUUUCGAUGAGCCGAUACCUGCCCUACGUCCCUCCGGCUUGGGACGUCCAGACAUUCCCAUCCAAUUAGAAUACACGUGCUCAGCUUGCGAACCCUCCAAGACUUUCAAGGAGCGCAAAUCCUACAUUAUCCAUCUUAAUUAUCACGAAAAAGUGAAAAGAGAUCAGGAAAAGAAGAUUAGACGAAUCCAACUCAUGCGGCCAGAUAUUCCUGUAUCUACAACGGGAGAGUACUUCUGUAAGACUUGUGAUGACAGGAAAUUCACAAAUAGAAUCUCUUAUAUCGGGCAUGUUCAGUACCAUGAGAAGCUGCUGCAACUUGAAGGAAAAGAUCGACCCAUAGCACUGGGUCCUAUUUCCAAACCCAAAACAUCCAUGUUCAAGGACGUCCCAUUUUCUGAUGUCUACACUUGCGAAAUUUGUGAAAAUAGGGAAUUUACUGAACGAUCGGCUUGGAUCAAUCACCUGAAGUAUCAUCAGAAGAUAAAAGCCGACGAAGGUCAGGAUCGACCUAUUGCUAGCACACCGAUCGGAGCAUCACGACAUCUUCGCCGGCCCGAUAUUCCGAUCUCCGAUGUGUACACGUGUGAGAAAUGCGAAGACAAGAGAACGUUCACCAUCCGCCGUGACUACCUUUUUCACUUGAACGAACAUAAACGCGUGCAACAGAAGUCAUUAAAGUCUAAUUGGAGGAGAAAACCUGGCCCGAACUCUGGAUGGGUAGCAGCCAUCCCAUUCUUGGACGAAUACAAGUGUGAAACCUGUCCGAACCAUGUUUUCGCGAACCGAGGCGCCUACGUCGGGCACAUCCAGUAUCAUAGGAUUCUGGAGAAACGAGGCCUCAACCGGGUCAUCCUUACAAAGGAAGAAUGGAUCAAAAGGAAGAAUUCCCAUACGCAAUUAAUUCCCGAUGGACAGGAGAAGUACGAGUGCGAAAUAUGUUCCGACGGGAGGUUAUUUGCCAGCAAAUCGUCCUACAUUUCGCACUUGAUGUACCACGAGAAACUGAAACGAAUGGGAAUUAACCGCCCUCUAAAGAAAAAGUGGGAAAAAUCGACAGACAACACUAUUCCAGAAAGUGAUUCGUACACUUGCACAAUUUGCGAAAAUCGUACCUUCGCCAACCGCUUCCUCUACAGUGCACACCUUGCCUAUCACAAAAAGAUUCGGCUGCAAGAAGGCAAAGACCGUUCCAUCCGAACCGAUUGGAGAGAAUGGCGGAAACGAAACAGUGCAUCAAACCAAAUCCCAGAUGCGUUAACGUACACCUGUGACAUUUGCAACGAUGGGAGAGAGUUCACUAUCAAGGCUAGUUACAUGAUGCACAUGACUUAUCACAAGAAACGGGCAGACCAAGGUUUAACGGGUCCACUGCGCAAGAGAGGAGCAUAUUUGAGACCCGACGUGCCAAUCUUGGACAUAUACACGUGCAAUCGAUGCGACACUCCAAGAACUUUCGAGGACCGGAAAGCAUUUGUUAAUCACGACAACUAUCACAAUAUCAAGGAGAAGAAGCCGAAGAAGAUCCCCCGGAAACGAGGAAGAAGAUCAACUUCUUUUGAGCUUAUUCCAUUCCAGUCGGUGUACAUAUGCAAGCAGUGCAUUCAUUUAAACAAGACUUUUACAGAUCGAAAGAAAUAUAUUUUGCAUUUGAAUUACCACAAGAAACAAAAUUUUACAGCUCAAUCUGAAGAUAACACGAGAAAUUACUCUUGGUCAUCUUCUACUCUUCAAAGUAUGAACUAUCAUGAUUCUCACGUCUCUGAUUUUAUGACACAGCAGACUAGUAGCAGGGAAAUGUUACUCCUAAGUGGUGGGAAUGUAGUGGGAAAAACAGAAAAUUCUUCUGAAUUGGAUCUAGAAGACAAAUUUUGCUGCACUCGAUGUGGAUCGGACACCGUAUUUACCAGUAGAGAACGUUACGAAGAGCACAUGAAGGAGCACAGGGCGAUGAAAAAUAAGAAUUUUCAGUGCUCAAUUUGCGAGAAAGCAUUUUCUAACAUCUGGAACUUGAAAUCUCACGCAAAGACGCACACUGGAGAGAAGAAUUUCGUUUGUGGUGAUUGUGGGAUGAGAUUCGUUGAAAAUUUCCAGUUGCAAAGGCAUCAGGCCAAUGAUUGCAGGAAAGUGCCAUGCAAGUACACUUGUCAUUGUGGUGACAAAUUUCACUCUGUGGACGGAUUGGAAGAGCACGUCAAGAAGGACCACACAGAAACCAAAGUUAGCAAGAUAUUCCGCUGCUACGUCUGCAACGACCAGUUUCUCCAAGCAUUUGAGCUGGAUCAGCAUGUGAGAGAAAACCACCCCGUGGACUAUGCAGAAUUUAUGCAACACAAGUUAGAAAAGCAACAGCAGCGAACAGAGGCGGCUGGUAGUAGUCAAAAUCCAGAUGAGGACUACGAAGAUUUUGAACCACUUUAUCCCGAAGUUCUAAUGGCGUGUGAGGAAGGUGAUGAGGAGCUAAGUACAUGCACUGUUGGGGGAACAAUAGUUUUUGACAAGAAGGAAGGUGAAGAAGACGGACAAUGUAUUAGUGCAGCAGCAGCAGGUGCAACUACAGCAGUUGAUGAAAACGAAAAUGCAAAUGAGGCAGCACAAGAGGAUGAAGCUAGAACUAUAGGAGGAGCAGGAUGGAAUUUUAUUCCAGGACUGACUGGAGAAAUUGGAGAUAACGAUGAUGACAGUGAGUCAAGUUACAGUGAAGAAGAGUUCACACCAGAGUCUUUUGAACCUGAAGAUGUCGAAGUUCCUGAAGGAACAUUGGGCAAUCCGAAUCCUAAUAAUAAUGUCAUUCCUAUCGACUCGUCAAGCUUUCCUCAUCUCACCGUAAGCACUGGAUGUCCACCAGCUCCAAAAACCAGAAGGCGACGUCAAUCAGUGGAUGAGGACUGGACACCGUCGGGAGAAUCAGUCCAAGACCAUGAUGACGACAACAACAAGAGGCGGAAAAGGUCAUACGCAGGUGAUGGACAAUUCCGUUGUGGCUACUGCACCAAGACUUCACAUAGAAUUGCCUAUAUUAAAACACACUCCGCCAUCCACGUUGGCCUGCCGUUCAAAUACAUUGAUUUGACGGGACAAUCUCCUCAACCUUCAAAGUCAAAAAUAGUUCACACUCCUAAUUAUGCAUCCACUAGUGUGGUCGCGCCACAACCAUCAGCUCAAACUGUUCGACCGCUGCAAUACGUGCGUCCUCAGCAAAUUGCACCGGCACCUGGUCAACCAAUGGUUGCUACAGUUUCUCCUCUUAGCGUUACAAUGCUCGUCGGGAGAAAGUCUUCUGCUGACGAUGGAGAUGGCACCCGGCAAAAAGCAGCCCCACAUUGUAGCUGUAUUUUUGAAGAUACGGCUCUUGGUUACCACAAGCGUUGUACGGGAGAGACAUGCAAAUGUUACACCAAGUACAAGGGCUGUUCUGAUCAGUGCGAUUGUAAAAGAUCUUGUGGAAAUCCGUAUUUUCGUAUGAAGGCUCCCGUCCCACCCAGCGCCUUACCAUGCUCAGCGGCUCUUGCCACUCUCGCUGGGUCACCACAAGUCCAAGCGCCAGUAAAUGUCUACUCCGCAAGCACGGUGCUGGAUGUUGUGAAUUCCACCAUUGAGAAAGCAUUUCAUCAGCCAACUAAUUUUACUCAGUCACUAAAUACUGUUCCGUCAACUUCAACUCUACUAUUUGGUGAUCAACCGCAUAAUAAUAGCGAACAACAAAUCCGGACAUUAGGAAACGUUACGGGUUACGCAAAUCCACCUGCUGCUUCCUCCUCCACGGAGACCAUAACUCUCAACAGUGCACCGAUUGAGGGACAGAACAAUUUUUCAAUUUUGGCUCAAUCACUCACACCAAACGUACUAGUGAACCCAGUCAUGGCAAAUGUCCAGCCUAUUCAAAAUGCAACGCUAGGAGGAAGUCGUAUCAUCAGGAUUUCAUCAUUAGCCCCUUUUACCUCAGCACAAUUAAUAUCAUCCCUUACAAGAGCCAACCCAACAUAUUCGACAUCUUCUAACACGUUUAGAGUUCAAGUCCCCACAAAUGGAAAUAAUUCUCCCAUUUACAGGAUUGAAAAUCAGACUAAUAACGUCACACAACCACAAUACCUUUUAGCCACACCUAUACCCACAGCCUCAGCAGCAGAAUCUCAAGCAUCUCCUUCACCUCAAAAUAAUGUUCCAGCUAACAAUUCCAUGAUUUAUCGAUGUUUCUGCCACCAGGACUUUACCACGUUGACCUCCUUCCUCAUCCAUCAAUGGAAUCACAACGAAGAGAAGCUAUUUUUGUGCCCAAUAUGUAAACGGCAAUUUUCUUCGGUCAACUUCCUCAUCCUUCAUGCCAAGAAACACGUCGAGGUGGAGAAUAUUCAAAUGGUCCCGUGUCCCGCAUGUGACCGGCUGUUGGCAUCGAAUCAGGCGGAAUUAGACCAACACUUCAAGUCUUGCCAUGCCGCCCUAAUUUGUGACGUUUGUCAAAAAUACUGUGCUACACUUGGCCAACUAACUUCACAUCGCCUUAGCCAUGGGGUCUGUUCCAUCUGCGGAUUAACUUUUUUCAACCAGACAGCGAUGAGGAACCAUUUGGCGAGAGAUCAUCCAAAUGUGAAUCCCACCAGGAUUCGAAUUGACCCCUUACCGUCUUCUGCAACGGCUUCUACUUCUUCGCAUUCUAGCAAACUGACAACGGCAUCGAUAUCCACUGGGAUUUCUGGUUCUAAUGAACCGGAAGUAGUGACUUUAAUUGAUUUGGACGAUGAUGAUGUGACAGAAAUAACUGAAAUAAGUCGUCCCCCAUCUCCAGAAAUGCCCAUCAUCGUCUCUGUAGCUGCGAAUUAUCAUGAGAACGAGAAAUUCCCAUGAAAAAAAGACUUGCAUAUUUCCUAUUAGAAAAUAUUUUUUUUACAAAUGAUGAAUAAUUUUGCGGCGUCAAUAUUAAUAGACACGACUGAUUUCAAGUACAUGAGCACGAAUAUCUUACGAGUAUACGUAGCAGCAGCGUAUUAAAUAUUAUUAUUAUAUAUUUACCUUUACAAUAUGUUAUAAAUAAUACUAUUAUACAUUAUUAUAUGUAUUAUUUCAAUUAUUAUAUGGUUCUAAUUUUUUACGUUAAUUAGCACAUUAAGUAUCUACUAUUUCUUUAGUUGACAUCGUAAAUUGACUAUUAAAUAUUUACAACUUGUAUUAAAAUGUCAUCAUUAUUGCUUAAAUAAAAGUAAAGCGUUGAGCACUUUGAAUCGAAA